AUGAGAAAGAACAGGAUAAAGAGUACACAAGAUAACAAGCAGAAAGAGGGAGUGCGGACUCACUUUGAAACGUUUGACGAAACAGUGAAUAGACGAUGCAAGGUCGAUUGGCGAGAGAAUUGUGUCUACGAGGAAGUCUACAACCGGUGAGCGAUGAAAGAUUAGGAUGGAAUCUGUAUUCACAGGCACAUCCAAGGGCGAACAAAGACGUUCAGGGCGAGUGCUGAAGUGCUGAAGGUGAGGGUUGCGGAUGGGGAUGGAGAAGAAGGAGGAAGGGAGAAGCGGAUGAAGAGAAGCGGAAUUGUGUGUGGAAUCAAAGAGGCGGGGAAGCAGUCACCACUGCGAACGGGCAACAAGGGGGAUUGCAUGCCAGAGGAGGAGCCCAGAGGGUGACUUACGUGGGCCUCAUGAGGGAGACGUAAGUGCCCAACGGUCGCUGCUACUAGUUCAGAUAUCAAGCGGCAACCCACGAAAUCAAUUCCGAGAGUAUUUUACAGUACAAGGACCCGGGCCGAGAUCUUCCCAUAUCCAUUCCAGGAUAUGCUGCAAGAUUGAUUCCCGAGAUCUGGGAGAGCACAGGAAACGAUUCGGCGAAAGAUCCGGUCCCAGGAUAG